GCACCUCAACCCGUCUUAACCUGCGAGCAUCUGGGGCACGAUUUACUUAUGCUCAAUCGUGACACUGUGGUAUCGCCCGGAUGAGUCGGCUUGGUGUGCCUCUUGUGGGGCUGAGGACCGGAAAUAGCAGGCUAUCAUAUCUGCCUUUGUGCGCAUCGGGGCUGCCCUUGGCCAUGCGACAAAUUUAGACAUAGGCAUGAUUACAAUUAUCGGAAUCGAACAAAGCCGACAUGUGUACAUCUUCAGCCGGAGGCACCAGCUGCAGCGCGUCAGUUCUCCGUCCGGCUUGCAGCCUCACACUUCUCGUGUUUCUCGUCCACGAUGGAACUCACAUUUCCAUCCCCAACAACGGCCACUGGGUUUCUUCGGCGGCAAGCUGCAGGUUCUACUGUUAGCCGGGAGACCACGAUUAACAUUGUCUCCUGGGUUUCUCUCGCAUUGGUCAUCAUCACACUCAUUGCUCGUUUUGCAGUAAAGCUCUCGAGAAGAACGACACGGAGGAUACUGAAGCUAGAUGAUGGAUUUUUGAUACUAGCAGCUCUGUUCAGUUUCGGGCAGACAGUAGCUGUAUCACUGCAGUGGAAGAAGGUAGCUAGCCAGCAAAUAACGGACUUGUCAAGAAGUGAUGAGGUCGUGUACCAGAAGGCUGCCUACGUGUCAAGCAUCCUCUUUGUCGCGAACAUGGGCUGUGCCAAGAUAUCCAUGGGCCUUGUUCUACGGAGACUGUUUAGCGGACGUCUUUUUGAGUACACAUCCUAUGUACUUGUGCUCUUUACUGCAGGCUGGACCGUGAGCGGUAUCUUCGUUACUGUGUUCCAGUGUAAGAUACCGACACCGUGGGACCUCUUGCAGACAAAUGAGUGCAUCGACAUUGUUGCGUUUGGCAACUACCUUGCUUCCACGAACAUUGUAACUGAAAUGUUACUUGUAUUGGUACCCCUUGCAGUCUGGACACAGAAUACGCCAGUCGGAAACCGUCUAUAUGUCUCUGCUGUAUUCUGGUUUCGAUUGAGUGUUAUCGCAGCAGUUGGCGCGCAGCUCUACUUCUUCAAUCCUUCCACAUCUACUUCCUCGACCAAGGAUACCUGGGCCACGACUCUCUGCAUGCAGACCGCCCAAACCCUUUCCGUCAUCAGCGCAUGCCUGCCCGGCCUGCACCCACUCGUCGCUAAAGAGAUGAACGACUCCGCUUCGAUCGAAACUACACAGAAUAGAGCCUCAUCUCACUGGGACUCGCAGAAAUUUGGCUCCUUGUCGUCCCACAGGUCGCAUCCCAGCGUCGAUUCCAAGGCGACGCUCGAGCCUGUGAUAUCGUCCUACUGCCGUCCCCUCGCAACCCACGGCCUCGUACGCUCGUCGCCCAGUAGCGAUUCCUACACCUUCCCCCGCAUGCCCUCAAAUAUUGCGCCGCCGCUCUCGACACUCCAGCCGCCAGUCAACGUCUUCAACCGCCUGAUCCGCAGCUCAUCGUCGCUGGAUCUGGAUCCGCUCGGCACUCCCAAGAAUCUCGACGAGCUCGGGUGCCUCCCCGCUCCCGACUGGGAUGACGAGGACGACGUGGAGUCGGGGCGAGAAAGCCCUGAUCGCAGGCCGACUUCGGACUACGUGUUCCAGAGGUCGAAGGUGAUUUCGGUGCCGGAGGAUAGCAAUAUGUUCGAGAUAGGGAGGGAGUGGAAUGGGUUUGUGCCGCCGUUGCCGACGCCGCGGAUAUUGAAGAAUCCGCCGAGAGCUUUUUGAGUGUUGUAAAUUCAAUGAUACCCGGUUUGGUUUUGAGGUUUCGUUCAUUAGCUGCGAUUCAAGAGAAUUGAAUCUCAUAUGUGUGUUUAUACAUUGCUCUACUGGAGUUGCAGUGUGAUACUUGAGUGGUACAUAGCGAGCCUAGGGUGGGCGGAAACAGGUUCUGGUGAAAUGUUUGGUGCGAGGAGAUUCUGCUACCUAAGAGCCUGUUUGAGUCUCGUUCUUAAUCUAAUUGGAGCUGGAACUGUGGACGGCAACGAUGA